CGCGUCGCGGCGCUCACUGGGGGCCCGGCUUUCGCCCGCUGCUGCCGCCGCCGCCGCCGGCCGCGGCUGCACUCCCAAGAUGGCGGCUCCUCCGGGCGAGUACUUCAGCGUUGGGAGCCAGGUGUCGUGCCGGACGUGCCAGGAGCAGCGGCUGCAGGGCGAGGUGGUAGCCUUUGACUACCAAUCCAAAAUGCUGGCUUUAAAAUGUCCCUCUUCCAGUGGAAAGCCCAACCAUGCAGACAUCUUGCUCAUAAACUUACAGUAUGUUUCAGAAGUGGAAAUAAUUAAUGACCGAACAGAAACCCCUCCUCCCCUAGCUUCACUCAAUGUUAGUAAGCUUGCCAGCAAAGCACGGACAGAGAAGGAGGAGAAGCUGAGCCAGGCCUAUGCAAUCAGUGCUGGUGUCUCUCUAGAGGGCCAGCAGCUCUUCCAGACCAUUCACAAGACUAGAGACGAGUUUUUGCCAUAUUGCCCAGGCUGGUCUCCAACUCCUGGACUCAAGCCAUCUACCCGCCUCGGCCUCCCAAAGCACGGGGAUUACAGCAUUAAAGACUGUAAAUGGCAAGAAAAAAACAUCGUAGUCAUGGAAGAAGUUGUUAUUACACCCCCAUAUCAAGUGGAAAACUGUAAAGGCAAAGAAGGGAGUGCACUGAGCCAUGUACGCAAAAUAGUUGAAAAACAUUUUAGAGACGUGGAAAGCCAAAAGAUACUGCAACGUUCACAAGCCCAGCAACCACAGAAGGAGGCUGCCCUGUCAUCCUGAGUCCGUACACGUGGAGGACUCUUCCAGCAUCCAGCCAAGGAGGCGCUGGUGGUGGCUUCAGCGGAGGCAGGCCGGGGGAGGGAAGGGAUCCUAUAUGUCCUGUUGGCUCUUAACAAAGGGUCAGCAUUUCCAAAUCUUAGACUUGAACAAACAAAACACCCAACAAAAAAGAACAAGAGAAUAAUUUAAAAGUUGAAUCAUUACUUGACUAACAGACUUCGGUCCACCAUGUCCUUUUCACAGCCCUCUUCUGGAACAGUCACCUUGUUAAUUUUAUUUUUGAAAAUUCUUUUCCCACUCUGCCCUUUUACUUCUGACUUUCUUUUCCUAGUCUGUUCCUGCCAUUCUGUUUUUAUAAGUGGCUACACUUGCCUUCUGAAUGAUUGAAAGAAACUUUUACAUCUUUUCUUCCAAAAUAAAAGUAACAAGCUGACUGUGAUUCUUAAGUUGAGACCAGAGCAGCAAACGUCUCACUUUAAAUUUUUGUUUUCUUUUCCUUUUUUUCUUUUCUUUUUUUUUUUUUUGCACAGGGCAUGGCUUGAAUUAGUUUUAUUUUUCUUAACUUUAAAUAUAUAUAUGAAAAUAUAUAUUAAAAUGUUCUCUAAAUAUUUUCUGCUUCUUGCAGGUCUCUUUUUACUAGAUCAUGGCUGUUCUUCCCACCUCAUCCCUCUGAAAAUAAAAAUGUAUUGCCCUCCCCACCAUCCAUCAUAGCUAGGCCACUAACUUGACUUGGUGCAAGAGAUUCUUGCUGCGAACUUUGUAGAGCCAGUGUGCAGAUAGAAUUUGGCUUUGAGGGUUCCUGAUGGCUUUUUAGUCUUUAACUGUGUGUGUACGAGUCUCACAUUUGGCCCAAACCUCAGGAUUCUCCCUCUGCCUGUCUUACUUCAUGGUACUGGAAGAACUUCCUCACCACUCUCUCCACAUGAGAGAGUCAGCUGCCCUUUCUCCUGUGCCUCUGCAGGAAGAACUCUCUUGCAUGGCACAUCUCAGCUCCUCUUUGAGGGAUAAUUUUCUUUGAUAAGAAACCUAGAGUCCAUUUACUCUGACCUCUCUUUAAAUCUAUAUCCAGAGCCACUAGCCCAGGAAAAAGCUUGGGUGACCCAUAAUUUCUCUUCUCCUGCUGCCCUCUUGCUCUUAUGCCCCACCUCAACUCCCCUUAAAUUUUACAAGCUUAUGACAGUUUGUAUGUGCUCAGCCAAUGAGCAGAAAACCUGGAAAGAAUUUCUGGACUUCAGCCCACCAGUUUGUCUGGUUGACUAACCUGCUGAGAGCUAAAAUUGGUACCCAUUGCCCCGUGCCUUCAGGCAGUCUCCUGGGGCAGAGUAUGCCACCAUCCGAAUAUCAGGCACUGAGUGGGAUGUGGGUGAUGCUCACAUGACUGGCUAGAGCUUUGGGGGUGGGGUGGGGUGGGGGUUAACUACUAUUUUUUUUGGCCAUGAUCUCUUUCCCCUUCCUUUUUUUUAAUUAAAUAAAUGGAUCAAAAUUAAAUAAUUCAAGCCCUGCCUUCAAAAUGAAUUUUUUUUUUUAGUAUUAUUUAGCAAAAACAAUAAAACCCAAAUUUUUUUAACCAUCA